AUGAUAUCGGGCAUACACGCACAAGCGCUUUUUAAGCGCUAUGAGCAAUUGAAGCUCAUCGAAUUAAGCAAAAAUGAUCUUAUUGAAGAUUUAUUGCGACGAGUGAGCGAACUCGAAGACGCUUAUCAUCAGACUAAAAUCGAACAUGAGCGCGAGAUACGUUUCAACCGAGACAUACAGCUGCAUGAAAUUGAACUGAUGGAGCAGAUUAAACGGAUCAAGAAGAUAAUGGACCGUGAGCCCUUCGUUAUUGUGCUUCUGGACGGCGAUAAAACCUUGUUUCUUGAUCAGUAUAUUCGUGCUGGUGAGCAAGGUGGUAAAGACGCUGCGAAUAGGCUGGCCGCCGACAUGGACGAAUACAUUUCGGAAAACUUACCCAAUGUCGCCUCACCAAAGACGGUUGUUCAUAUUUAUGCAAAUUUGAAAGCCCUGGGUAAUAUGUAUCAUCAGGCCGGCAUAAUCGAUAAGCCAUCAGCGAUAGAUGAUUUCGUGCGAGGCUUUAAUGAGAGCGGCUUGCUCUUUGAUUUUAUCGAUGUCGGACAAGGCAAAAAUACUGCAGACGAUAAGAUUACAGGAUGCUCUCAUGACAACAGUUAUACCCGACUUUUGCAAGAGACGAUGGAAGAUAUUGAACUUACAGGUCGGAUAUCUCUGAUUGAAGGCAUCCCUUUCGACAAGGAGCUGGAUAAUAUAAAGGACACUUUCCGCAUUACCCGGUUUUCAGAUGUCUUCCGCGGCACUAAGAUAUCGGCAAGCCCAAUCACAUCGGCGAAGACACCAGUUAAGAAUGCGAUGCUCUCGCCCCAUCCGCGAUCUGCCUCGUUGACACGCACAUCCACCAACACCUCGACUAGCUCUGCCACUCCGACGUCUUGGUCAUCCUGGGCUUCGAUAACUGCAUCUAAUCCUGGCGAUGUGGCUCUGCAAGCCUUGAAGCCUGCUAACACCUCAGUGGCUCCAAAAACGCCUGUCGUGGAACGAAAUAAGCUUGGCCAGAGAAUCGAUCGCAUGGACUUUAAAAGCAUCUCCAAGGAGGAGUUAAGCCGCAUCAAGAAGAUGAAACUCUGCAAUCUCUUCUAUCUACUUGGAGAAUGUCCAAAUACGAAUUGCUAUCACGAUCAUGAUUACAAACUUUCGAAAGAGGAAAAAGACGUUCUGCGCGCUGUCGCUCGUAUGACACCAUGCCACUUUGGAAUGACAUGCGAUGACCCCAAAUGCAUCUACGGACAUCGUUGCCCGCAGAGCGAGGUUGGUAAGAAAGAAUGCCACUGGGGUAGCAGCUGUCGCUUUGAACCUGCACAGCAUGGAAUUGACCUUGCAAUUGUGAAAGUCACCAAGAUUUAA